AUGCCUUCCACUACGAAGAUUCUGCUUUUCACAUCCAGUGCGUUUGUCACUCUCAUAUCUGUUGGGAUGAUGGGGUAUGGCAUGUCAAAACAGUGGGCUAAGACAACCUUGGACUGUGCAAGAGGUGAAAGUAGCUUCUACAAUGGAACUGCUAUCAUCACUUUGACGCUUUUUACUGGGAUUAUGAACAGAAGCUUUUGCCCUGUGUAUGGGAGAAUUGAUGAUUUUCAAGUGAUUCCUAAAUUGGUAGAAACAGGAGUUACCCCUUUAGUCCUGCACGCUUUGGUUUUGUGCCUGUUGGCCGUGUGUCUGCUGUGUUCCGCCUGCAGCAUCCUCAUCUCCCUCUACAACAGUGUCAGUAACCCUUAUGAGACCUACAUGGGGCCUGUUGGCAUCUACGCUUGCAGCUCGCUCAGCGCAUGUUUGUCUGUUGUGGUCCUUAUCAUAUUUGUGGUGAACAUCAAUGUGACCAACAUGGCAGAGGAAUUGGUGAGGGAUUUUGCCGAUGCUGUUGCAGUGGACCUGAGGAACAAGUCUUCAGAGAUGCAGCUAGGAUACUACCUGAUCAUCCCUUACACAGUGCUCUCUCUCGUCGCCAUUGCUUUGAUCUACAUGUAUGACCACGCAGCCUACACACAUAGGAGAGAACAGCAAAGGCCUACCGAGGACGCGCCCAAGGAGAUAAUGAUGUAUUAGUGGCCUGCAAUGGAGUCAAUUUUCAGUGACAGUGAUAAAUUGCUCAUCAGCACUUUCUAUAAGUUUAGAAUUACAAAC